AUGUGGGUGUUCUACGCGAUAUCGCUGCCGCUGACGGUGGGGAUGGUGGCGGCGACGCUGCACUACUUCGCGGGCCCCGCCGUGCCGGCCCGCGUGCUCGCCGUCGUCGGAUACGCCUGGCUCUGCUCCCUCUCCUUCGUCGUCCUCGUCCCCACCGACAUCUGGACGGUUGUUCAAUCCACCUCGAAUCAAAUGUCCAAGCGCGAUCCAUUAAGACCUUGCAUGGAUAUCAUUGAUAAUAUGCUGGCUCGAAUGCUACAAGAUGAUGCAUUAUUCAAGCCUUCUGGUGGAAAAUUAGGGGAAAAUGAUAUGGACUAUGAUACUGAUAAUAAAACAAUGGCUACGCUCCGACGUCAACUUAGGAGAGCACAUGAGGAGUAUUAUAGGCGUAAAAGUGAUUAUCUGAAUUGUGUAAUGAAAGCCCUUGAGCUUGAAGACACUAUUAGAAACUAUGAGCAACGCGGUGCCAGUGGAUGGAAAUAUCUAUCAAGUUUCAGGGAAAAUCGAUCAGGAACCAUGGGGUCCUUCCUUGACUCCACAGAGUUCAUUUGGCGUUGUUUACUGAAAAAGCAACUUAUGAGAGUACUUUCUGUAAUCCUUGGCUGCAUCUCAGCUUCCAUACUGUUAGCUGAGGCUACUUUGCUACCAAGUGAUGUUGAUCUUUCACUUUUCUCCAAUCUUAUAAAUGCUGUAGGAAAGCAAGAAGUUCUAGUGCAGGUAUGGAGUUUGUCAGUUCUAUUGAUGUAACUUGUCCUUGUCAUCAUUGCCUUUAAUUCAGAGUAAAAUGCACAGGACCCCCACUAUCACACACAUAUAUGGUAAUAUGGCUAUCUAAAGCAUGA